UAAGGUGUUUUUGUUUUUCCAGCUUUGCUCGGAUUUAACUUCUUCACCUAAAUCAUCACUACCACUACCCUUUUCACUUGUAGGUUUAUAUUAUAUGGCUUUGCACUUUAUGGUUGGAAGAAGAACUUCUUUGGUUGUGGUUAUUAAAAAGGAAAAAUAUAAAUAACAUCGCUUGAAGCAGCCAAGAAAAGGGGGAAUCUCUACAUUAAAGAUGGGCGUUACUAAUCCCCUACUCCAUGACUCUGAAAUUAAGUUCAAUGAACCUAUUUUUCUUUCAGCUGAAAUUGACUUUUUCGAAGGGACUGAAAAGUUAUUAGAAAUCUGGUUUGAAAAGGGUACAUACUCUGUCUCCUUGAGAUCUGUUUCUUAUGAAAAAGUAAAAACAUUACUGGAUCUGGUGAAUUGCACAAUUUUAAGUAAAACCAGUAAUAAUAGUUUUGACGCGUAUGUAUUAAGUGAAAGUUCUUUAUUUAUUUAUGACGAAAAAUUAAUUUUGAAAACUUGCGGUACGACGUCUUUGCUUUCCUCUGUUCCUUUUAUUUUAGACCUCGCUUGUAACCAAUGCGCUCUCCGCGUUGGCGAUGUAUUUUAUUCUCAUAAACAAUUUCUGAGACCUGAAAGUCAACCCUUUCCUCACAACAGUUUUACUAGUGAAGUCAAGUUUCUGGAUAAGUUUUUUAGGGGCGCUUCGUAUGCUUUAGGGCGUUUGGAUGGAGAUCUUUGGUAUCUCUAUAUAGUAAACAAGCUUAGAAUUCCUGCGGCACCUAAGAUUCACUUGCCGCACACCGACCAAACGCUGGAGAUUAUGAUGAACGAUUUGUCCUCCGCGUGCGCUUCAAAAUUCUUUCGGCAAGCGAACACGCCUGCUACUUUGAUGACGGAGACUUCCGGCAUCUCCCGUCUAUUUGGUGAUGCGGUGGUUGAUGCCUUCGCCUUUGAUCCCUGCGGCUACUCCUGCAACGGGCUACUUGGAAAUCACUACUUUACUAUUCACGCGACUCCUCAAAGCGGCUCCUCGUAUGCAAGUUUCGAAACUAAUUAUCCUUUUGGAAACUACACUGAAAUUGUUAAUCAGGUGUUGCAGAUUUUUCAGCCGCAGCGUUGCAGUAUUUCUCUUUUUUUGAAUUCCUUCGAGUGCGGCUCAUCUUGUGAGGAUUUUAUCGUUCACGGCUACGAGAGGCUCCACAAACAACUUCUCUACUUCGAAACUUACAAUCUCUGUUUUGCUCAGUUUCACAAAACAGCACCUUCAGAGUAGCACUGCUUUAUGGGGACUUGUACAGAAAAGCAUCUUAAUCUUAGUAUCACGUUCUU